CACCACCAUGCUGGCCUCCGGGCUGCUGCUGGCGGCCUUGCUGGCCUGCCUGACCCUGAUGGUCUUGGUGUCCAUCUGGCGGCAGAAGAAGCUCUGGGGGAAGCUGCCCCCAGGGCCCACGCCCUUACCCUUCAUCGGAAACUACCUACAGCUGAACACGGAGCAGAUGUACGACUCCCUCAUGAAGAUCAGCGAACGCUAUGGCCCCGUGUUCACCGUCCACCUGGGGCCCCGGCGUGUGGUGGUGCUGUGCGGGCAGGAGGCCGUGAAGGAGGCACUGGUGGACCAGGCCGAGGAGUUCAGUGGGCGUGGCGAGCAGGCCACCUUCGACUGGCUUUUCAGGGGCUACGGCGUGGCGUUCAGUAACUGGGAACGCGCCAGGCCACUGCGCCGCUUCGCCAUCUCCACACUGCGGGACUUUGGCGUGGGCAAGCGGGGCAUUGAGGAGCGCAUCCAGGAGGAAGCGAGCUUCCUCAUUGAGGCCUUCCGUGGCACGCGCGGCGCCUUCAUCGACCCCACCUUCUUUCUGAGCCGCACCGUCUCCAAUGUCAUCAGCUCCAUCGUGUUCGGGGACCGCUUUGACUACCAGGACAAGGAGUUCCUGUCGCUGCUGCGGAUGAUGUUGGGGAGCUUCCAAUUCACUGCCACAUCCACGGGACAGCUCUAUGAGAUGUUCUAUUCAGUAAUGAAGCACCUGCCGGGGCCACAGCAACAAGCGUUCAAGGAGCUGGAAGGGCUGAGGGAUUUCAUUGCCAAGAAGGUGGAGCGGAAUGAGCACACGCUGGAUCCCAAUUCCCCGCGGGACUUCAUCGACUCCUUCCUCAUCCGCAUGCGGGAGGAGAAGAAGGACCCCAAGUCAGAGUUCAACAUGAAGAACCUAGUGUUGACCACACUCAACCUCUUCUUUGCGGGCACCGAGACUGUGAGCACCACCAUGCGCUACGGCUUCCUCCUGCUCAUGAAACACCCAGAUGUGGAAGCCAAGGUCCAUGAGGAGAUCGACCGUGUGAUUGGCAAGAACCGGCAGCCCAAGAUCGAAGACCGGGCAAGGAUGCCCUACACGGACGCCGUGAUUCAUGAGAUCCAGAGAUACGCAGACAUGAUCCCCAUGGGUUUGGCCCGCAGGGUCACCAAGGACACCAAGUUCCGGGACUUCUUCCUUCCCAAGGGCACAGAAGUGUUUCCAAUGCUGGGCUCUGUGCUCAGAGACCCCAAGUUCUUCUCCAAGCCCCGGGAAUUCAACCCCCAGCACUUCCUGGAUGACAAGGGGCAGUUUAAGAAGAGCGAUGCCUUUGUACCCUUUUCCAUCGGCAAGCGGUACUGCUUCGGAGAGAACCUGGCCAGAAUGGAGCUCUUCCUCUUCCUCACCACCAUCAUGCAGAACUUCCGCUUCCGUUCCCAGCAGGCGCCGCAGGAUAUCGAUGUGUCCCCCAAACACGUGGGCUUCGCCACCAUCCCGCGAACCUACACCAUGAGCUUCGUGCCCCGCUAGGCGAGGGCGGGGCCAGA